AUGCAGGCGACUCGGAACGCGAUCCAUCUCCUGAGAUCGUUGUCCUCUACCUCUCCGAUCUGCGCCCAUGGAGGUAGAAGAGGAGGCCUCCUCUACGCCGCGGGUUCUAGGGCUUUCGCUCAGCACGCCGCCGCCGCCGCGAGCUCCGCCCUCGACAAGCAUGAGGCCACCGAUCGAGUCCUCGGCCUCCUCAGAUCCAUCCCCUUCGUCGAUCCCGCCAAGCUCGCGAUUGAUAUAUUUCAUACUUCAGCUUUUCCAAAUUUUAGGAAGAACUUUAAAUACCCCCUUGUGGUGAGCUCAACUGCGAGCUUUAAGACUGAUCUGAACUUGGACAUGCUCGAUAAUGUGGAAGUCAUAGCAGCGGUCGAAGAGGAAUUCGCAGUUGAGAUUCCAAACAGUGAGGCAGAGAAAUUUUCGACAACUGCUCAGCUCAUCGACUAUAUUGCUGGCCACCCUCAAGCCAGAUGA